UUUGAAAGAUUCUACAAACACACAAGAGUCAAAAACCGACCCAAAUAAUCUCCACACGCAUCAUACUUUUCAAAUCAAAGUUCUCAAAUUUUAUCAGUCCACACAAACAUUUUCUUCCGUUCUUCCACAUUCCAUUGCGAAAUCGUACACAACUUUGCUAUCAAGAAAAUAAUCCCAAUGAAUCCAGUUCUCUUUCUCAUCUUCACAUUCCUCUGUAGCCGAGGAGGACUCGAUUUUCCUCUUGCUGCUGGAAUCAGCACGAUCGGACCUGGAGAAGAGUUGAAUUCUGGCAGUUUUCUCGAGUCUGAUGGUGGAAAUUUCACCUUGGGAUUCUUCACUAUCCCAGAAACAAAUUACACUUACUUGGGAAUAUGGUACACCGACGAUGAACUACGAAGGGAAGUAUGGGUUGCCAAUCCAAACACACCCCUUAACAACAAUGUUGCUGCUGCCCUCACGAUCGAUAACACCACCGGUAUUUUAAAAAUCACCAGCGGAGGGAAUAUAGUUGUGAACAUCUCCAAUCAAGAGGCGGCUAACCCAACCGCCAGAAUAGAAGAUUCGGGCAAUCUUGUUUUGAGAACAGAGAAACAGAGUUUAUGGCAGAGUUUUGAUAAUCCCACAAAUACCCUUUUGCCCGGGAUGAAACUUGGUUUCAACACGGCAACCGGGCAGAACUGGACUCUCACUUCCUGGAUCAGCGACUAUGUCCCGGCUUCCGGGGCAUUUACGUUGGGCUGGGAGCCCACCCAAGACUCGGGCCAGUUAGUCGUUUACCUACGAGGAGAAAGAUAUUCGAUCAGUGGGCCACUGAAAGAUCAAGCUUUCGAAUUCAUGCCCACUCUUAAUGAUCUGUGGACUCCGUUCCAUUGCAACUUCAGUGUCGUAUCCAACAAUGAUGAGGAGUAUUUAACCUUUAGUGUUAUUAACGGAAGAUUAUGGAUGUGGGAAUUGACUCCGAUGGGUAACCUUCGGGAUGGUGCUAAUAGUCGAGAAUAUGGGCCUGAUGGUUUUUGUUACGGGUACGAAUCGGUACUAUCCUAUUGUGUGACUUCGGAGUUCCCUCGGUGCCGGAGUAGUAACGAUAAGUUUGAGGAGAAGAGAGUGAAUUUUUUGCCUACCAUUGCUACUAGUGAAUAUGAGGAGAAUACGAGUCUAAGCCUUAGUGAUUGUAUGGAAAGGUGCUGGAAUAAUUGUAGUUGUGUUGCUUUUACGGUACUCAAUAGCAAUGGAACAGGUUGUAAAACUUGGACAGGAAGGCUGGAGUAUUCCACAGACGACCCGAAUGAUUCGAAGAUUUACGUGCUGGUUCAAGGAAGUUCAUCUAAAGGAAAAACGUGGAUAUGGAUAGUCAUUGCAGUGAUAAUUUCUCUUCUUAUGCUCAUUGUGGGCAUCUUUUCAUGUCUAAGAAUCAGAAAGCGAAGAUUCGAAGGAGAAGAGAAGAAGAGGCGAAAAGAGUACUUACAAGAGUUGAUACCUACUGAUAGCUUUAACAACGUUCAUCACAUAGACAACGAUGGUACAGAAGGUCAUCAUGACUUGAAGAUGCUUAGCUUUGCAUCCAUUGUUGAGGCUACAAGUAACUUCUCGCGAGAAAAUAAGCUUGGUCAGGGUGGUUUUGGACCUGUUUACAAGGGAACCUUACAAGAGGGGCAAGAAAUAGCAGUCAAGAGACUUUCGAGAACAUCAGGUCAAGGGCUCGUGGAGUUCAAGAAUGAACUCAUACUUAUUGCCAAACUCCAGCACAAGAAUCUCGUUCGGGUUUUGGGGUGUUGCAUUCAUGGAGAAGAAAAGAUGUUAGUUUAUGAAUAUUUGCCAAACAAGAGCCUGGAUUCGUUCAUCUUUGAUUCUACUAAAAGGGAGCUCCUAGACUGGAAGAUGCGUAUGAUUAUCAUAGAUGAGAUUGCUCAAGGGCUUCUUUACCUUCACAAAUACUCGAGAAUGAGGGUAAUACAUAGAGAUUUGAAAGCUAGUAAUAUAUUGUUAGACGAAAACAUGAACGCCAAGAUAUCUGACUUUGGCAUGGCAAGAAUUUUCAAGCCGAACGAGACGGAAGCGGUUACUAAUAGGGUUGUUGGAACAUAUGGUUACAUGUCUCCCGAAUAUGCCAUGGAAGGAACUUUCUCGGAGAAGUCCGAUGUCUUCAGUUUUGGAGUCUUGAUCCUGGAAAUUGUUAGUGGUAGAAGAAAUACUAGCUUCUACAACGCUGAUAACCGUCCACUCAACCUGAUUGGCUAUGCAUGGGAGCUCUGGAAAGAAGGGACUGCAUUGGAGUUAAAGGAUCCAAUACUCGGCGAUUCUUGUGCCGAAAAUGAAUUGCUGAGAAUCAUUCAUGUGGGUCUUUUAUGCGUUCAAGAAGGUGCAACAGAUAGACCUACAAUGUCGGAUGUUAUUUCUAUGCUUAAUAACGAAAUGAUGGUUUUGCCUGCUCCUACGAGACCAGCUUUUUUCACAGGAAGAAACGUCCCUCGCACAAUUAUGUCAUCCGAAAGCGAGCUACAAGAUUGUUCUACGAAUAAUUUGACAGCUUCAACAAUAGAACCACGAUAGUGAGAUGAAAUUUCUUUUUCGUGCUUCUAUUAUUUCACAAUGACCCCAAAAUUCUGUACCUUGUGUGUCGAUUCAUAACAAGCAUAUGUAUAUGUAGGCAUUAGAACACUGUAACUUCAUUCGAUGAUUAGAUCGUAUUCAUCCUGUUAAUUCAAUAAAGCAAAAACUUACUGAAUGUA